GUGUUUUGGUUCUAAGGGGAAGUUGCGAGAAGAAAGAAAGGAGGAGACGUGACGGGAUUGUUGAAAUUAUUUUCUCGGUAUCCCAACACCACCCCACCACAGUGUCCCGGGUUUCGUGUGUAAAUACUCCAGCGGUGGUAUCUAAAGUUGAAAACAUCGUCUGGCUCUCAGCAGAAGUCCUGAUAGUGAGGUUUGGCCCACAGGACACCGAGGGAUCUGACUAGGUCAUGGCCAAUCGAGGAGGAGCUACGAGACCCAAUGGACCCAACGCAGGGAACAAGAUCUGUCAGUUUAAGCUGGUGCUGUUGGGGGAGUCGGCUGUUGGAAAGUCCAGCUUAGUGCUUCGUUUCGUGAAGGGUCAGUUCCAUGAAUUCCAGGAGAGCACGAUAGGAGCUGCCUUUCUCACUCAGACAGUGUGUCUAGAUGACACAACAGUGAAGUUUGAAAUCUGGGACACUGCAGGUCAGGAGCGUUACCACAGUUUGGCACCCAUGUAUUACAGAGGAGCGCAGGCUGCCAUCGUGGUCUACGACAUCACAAACGAGGAGUCCUUUGCACGGGCAAAGAACUGGGUGAAGGAGCUGCAAAGACAAGCUAGCCCUAAUAUAGUCAUUGCUCUGUCAGGCAACAAGGCUGACCUAGCCAACAAGAGAGCCGUCGACUUCCAGGAUGCCCAGUCCUACGCAGACGACAACAGCCUACUUUUCAUGGAGACAUCAGCCAAGACAUCUAUGAAUGUGAAUGAGAUAUUUAUGGCUAUUGCAAAGAGAUUGCCGAAAAGCGAGCCACAGGCUGCAGGAGCCACCAGUGGGCGGAACCGAGGAGUGGACCUGACAGAAGCUGCCCAGCCAGCCAAGGCUCCAUGCUGCAGUAACUAACGUGAAGACGGCUUUCCCUCCAACCAACCUGUUAAGCAGUAACUAAUGCGGCCGAUGCCCUGAAUGCCACCGCAGUUACUAAUGCAAUGUGUUGUACUCUUCUCUCCAAUUCUCCGAUCUGCAAAACAAGAAAAGAUGCCCUGUGCCCCCCACUCCCCUCUUUUUGCAGUAACAAAGUCAAUGCCAUCUCUCCUCAUGGCUCCACCUCUUUUCCCCCAUCUUGGUUCUCCUGCUACCUGGUUAAGCCUCUUAAUCGUUCUUUCCUACUUUCUGCCAUCCGGCUUGUUACAUCUAUCAGUUGUUACUGUUAGAUUAAUGAUAGCAGACAAUAGGGCACCCUGCCUUCCAUCAUGUUCCUUCCAAACGUGUAGAUAUGAGCUUCAUUUAGAGGAAGUGGUUACUUCCCUUUUCUGGGAUACCUUAAGACUUUACUACUGCAUUUCUAAUACCAGUCUUCUGUUUUUGUUCUUUUUUUGAUAAUUUUGUUACUUCUUGUUUGCUAUAAUUUUGUCAAAAUUAUGGAUGCACAAACCUGUAUACUUACAUGGCCUAAGAUAGAAAAACAAAAACCUUUUGUCUGCAGUAGCACAGAAAAAUGUCUAUUUGAGAGGAGGAGUGUAUUCUUGUGAAUCUGAGAAAGGAGAAAGGCGGAGGGUGGAGAGAGAAAGACAGGAACCCUAAGCUCCACCUUUCUCAUCUUUUGGACCCUUUUAUGUUUAAAACCCAUUCAUGGACUUUAGUCCUUCUAGUUUCUCUCUCUGGUUCCCUCUGCCUGCCCACACUGUCCAUGUCCUUUCCCCCACUAAACCCAAAGUAGCACUAGUGUACAUUCUCUUCUACCACCCAAAGGCUCCAUUUAGGGGCCAUGCCUGCUUCUAGCUGUCCCUAGUGGCAUUGUGCAAUGUUUCACAGUAUUUACUCUGUGACUUGAGUGUCUGCAAGGACGAGUGCGGCACAGCAAACCCCUUGUUCCACCUGCUUUCUCCACAACAAGGCACAGGGGCCUCUGAGGUACACAUCAGUGUCACCACCUUCCCAUCUCCUGAUGCAGUGUCCUUUUUUAUAAAUCUUGUGUAGACCAUCCCUUUGUGGUUAUACUUGGGUCUUUUGGUUUCUGUCUUUGGAUGGUUUUGCAAAUUUCCAUUGUGUUAAUGUUGCUGGACCGCUGCUGGGUUUGCACCUGGCAAAAAAAAGAAAAAAAAAAGGUGAUGGUAGUGAGACGGGAGUUGCAAUAUGUGAGGCUGCUUCAUAAUCACCUUUAAAUCAUAAUUGUCAUCCUUUCUUGUUUAGGAAGUGCUUUAGACACAGCCGUGUGUCAGCGUGUACAAACUGGGCCUGGGCUGGCUGGCUGAUGACAGAUUUUAUCCAUAGACUCACUCACACGUGCCCAUUUGUGUGUGUGUGUGUGUGUGUGUGUGUGUGUUUGUGUUUGUGUGUGUGUUUGGACACAUUUGCACAUAAACACACACAUUACAUUGACUUCUUUCCUCUUUCAGACCUAAGCAUUCUUGUACAUAAGCACACACACACAUAGCCUGUUACACCUCACCUAUGUUGAGCACACUCUUUUUUUCCCGUCCCAUUCUUUGUUACAUACAGCACCACAUGCACACACACACAUAUACAUACAUGUGAUCAAUAACUUUUUACAGGUCUUACUCAUGCCUUGCACUAAUGAUGCUCAUGAAUAUAUCUUGUCAUAAUUACAGCCAGUGUGAUAUAAAUAUAUAUAUAUAAAUAUAUAAAUAAUAUACUGUAAAUAGGGUGUUGCGGUGUAGUCUACCUUUUUUCGAUUUACCAGUGACAGGACUAAUGCUUGCUAGGGAGUUGUCUAGAUAAUCAUAAAAAACUGUACAGUUAGCAGAAAAAAACAGCUACAAUCUGGGUUUGGAGUUUUGUUGCUGUUCCUUUUUUCCCACACAAAUGGUUAAAUUAUAAUCAGUGGUGGUCUUUAUAAAUGUACGUAGUGUUAUUAACAAAAAAACGAAAUUGCAUUUAUUUAGUCGUCUGUCUUGUACCUUUUUCUCAAAAGAAAAAAUUAAUAUCCAAACAUUUUGGUUUCUAUUUUUUAACAUUAUCUCCUUCUUGCAUUUCACUAAUUCUUUUUUUAGUGGUAUCAGGCUACAUGUCUAGUACUCCUCCCUAUAAGUAGACCCAAACUUCCAGAGAUGCUGGUUGUUAAAGCUCCAGAGGAGUCAGAAACAAUAUAAAACAGUUUGAUUAUUGGAUUGUCUGCCCCUCCAUAACAUCUCGGUAACCUUGUGACGAUAUUGUAGGAACAGUGUAACAACUAUCAGCUGGCAAGAUGGUGAUUCAUAAAUAAAUGAAUUAACACAUAAUCAGGAUGUAAAUUGUUUUUGUUUUUUUUGUUGUUUUUUGUUUUUUUGCAGUGAACACUUAAUUGCAGCCGAAAACAUUUAAAUGCAAGCAUUUUACAGUACUGUUAUGUAAUGACCAAAUAAAUACUGAGAUAAAUUUGA